CUUGCCUUGGACCAUUUUUCCUACUUUAAUCUGUGUAUCGACCAACUGCCAGGAUUUUCGCAGCCCUACUGCUGUUGCACGGAGUUUGGUUCAUCUUCAAGUCCUGCAGGUUUUCCGCCUCCCUGACAGGCUUGGAUCUGCACUACGCCUCCUCGGGAGUGUACAUGCAGACCUCGAUUCCAACCAUCAUACGAGCGCAGCACUUGCGUGCUCGAUCGUCACCAGACAUUGAGCCCAAUGCCACCACCACGGACUUCACUCGCUCGCUCCUCACAACGGCGCAAUUCUGUGCAAGAUGAUACGCCUACGAGGACCCGUUCUAGUAGGGGCGUACCCACUGCAACAAAAUCGGAGACUACAGAAGUAGUUGCACCAAAGCAAAGUCCACACAAGCUGAGUCCUAAUAUCACAAGAAAGACCACUCGCUCCGUAUCAAACAUUUCAAGCCAACCGUCUUUCACCGAUACGGCUCCUGAGGUUUAUGCUUCAUACGAGAAACCAUAUUUCCUGGUGUUUGGCUUGUCGCGCGAAUUCUUCGACGGCCUUAAGAAGUAUCAUGGCAAACUACCAAAGGAGCGCAAAAAUCUUGAAAGUCCUGUACAGGAAUCGCUAUCAUCAGAUGAGGAAUCUGAGUCGGAAGAAGAGGAAAGUGCAGAAGGGAGCGAAGAGUCUGCUGACGCGGCACCCAUCGUGUCGCACUCUACGCCUAGAGGACGUGGUCGCGGAGGGCGCGGCGGGCGCGGCGGUCGAGGACGAGGCGGCCGUGGCAGGGGACGAGGUGGACGUGGUCGUGGAGGGUUGGUUCGAACAAUCUCACCUACUCGAUCACGUCCUUCGCGAUCCGCAGCACCCAGGUAUUCACUCACCGAAGAAGAUGAUGGUCUGUCAAAUCAGACGACGCCAAACGGCGAAGUCUUGGCAUCACCACUACCUGAAGAGGAUGACCAAACGACAGACGCGUCCGAACCGGCUAACGGCCUGCACUUAGACGUCGACGUCGACAGCGAUCUUGAGGCUGGAUCUAUCGGGAAUGCUCAUCUCGAAUCGAUGACUCCAGCUGGUUCACCCCCCUCUACAACGACGCCUCAAGGUUCACCUCCAAAUGGUCUACUCAACGCUAUACUUGAGGGAACGUAUACUCCAUCCCUGGUCGCCGAACCCGAACCCAAGAUGUCGAAGAAUGCGACGAAGGCUAAGAUUCCGAAGAUUUCGUUGACCACCAAUUCCGCCUCUCAAACGCCUCGUGAAUCCGCCUCAACACCCGCACAAGCACUGAAACCACUCGACCCCGAGGACGAUAUUCUGACAGUAGAAGACCUGCCUGGUCCUUGGCUUGAGGAUUUUGAACCAGAACCUUUCGAUGGCUGCGAAGACAUGGCCGACUAUCUUCUGCAGCGGAAGUAUCAAGCCAUGUCGGAUGUGAAUCAGAUCAUCGCGGCUCUUAACAAGUUCCCCACAGCUCAACGGAGUACCGACAAUUUGUAUGCCUUGGCCGAGAACGCUCAAUACAUUCUCAAGUGCUGGCAGGACGAGUAUCUUGAGCUGGAUGCCAGAACCGCGCCCCAUAUGCAUCCCCCGAAGAAGGCCUGCACUAGUGGGCGUACACCAGUGGCUUCGCAGUUGUUCGAGGAUACCAAGGAAGCAGAUCUCUACGGCUACACUUUUGAUGCAAAGAAGCCACUCGGCUGCCAGGACCCAUGGGCACAACGUCCUGGUGCUGAAAAGAGCAGCGGUAGAGAGCUUCGAACACGUCGUGCGCGUGACAUGUUAGACUCCGCAGCUGCAAGCGAGGAGGACGAAGAGGACAUUGAAGGCCGCUCAUCGAGGCGGCAGCGAAAGCCGCCUCGCAAGUUUGAUGGUACUGAUGUAGUCACAGGCGCUACAACACCAAAGAAGCACAACGGAUGGGGCGGCGCUCGCAAGAAAGGCGUCAGCAGAUUUGCCGCGCAGGCUUCUGAAACUCCUGAGCCAGACAGUAGACCUGCGAAGCGAGCUAGAACUGCGGCAGCUUCUGCGCUUCAUCAGCGUCUUGUGCAUGAGAGUGUGCGUGAAGGUUCAGUAGCUACGACGUCUGGCGACGAGGACUCAUCAACGAUGGACCUUGAAGAGUACGCAGACACGAGCGCGAAACGUGGACGGCCACCGGGGAGCAAGAACACAGGGCGCCGCAGUGACUUCGGUGUCAAGAAGGGACCACGAAAGAAGGCUAGUGGUAUUGGUACACCAGUGCCAUCAGCACAUGGUCCUAAUGCUCCUCCACUAGCACUGCAGUCAUUGAGCGCAGGUCAAGGUCAGUUCUCCAUUGAUCCACAGCCUUUUUCAGAUGUACACCCCUUGCCAGCACCGAACUCUGCUGAGACGGUCUUCCAAGCUAUACCGCAACCUGCUGCCGCACAAGACGGCACCCUCGUCCACCCAAGCGAAUCGAGUACGCCGGACGCAUAUAUGCUCACCGCUCCAUUGAGCCAAUAUACCAACAAUCGAGCUGAAGACUCUGCUCCGCCAUUGGGAUCACGACGAAAACCGCGAGUCAAGAGCGAGAAGCGCAGUCAGUCGAUGACCAUCUGGUGGGCCGAACGGAAGGCUCGCAAGAAAGAGCAGGAUGAAAAAGAGGGGAAGCCUCCAAAGCCACCGAGUUCAAGAUCGAACUCUUCCAGUGGUCGGCGAGGUGGCCGGGCAGCUGCAGGGCCGAGCACAACUGCAACACCCGUAUCCACCCCUCCACAGGCGCAACGACCCUCGCCCGUGCAUCCGCAGGAUCAUCACUAUCAGCCAGAAGCCUACACCAUGCAUGGGCCGUUGCCACCGCUGACAGCUCCAUCUCCUCACCUGACAUACGCUUCGGCACCCUUGCAUCACCCUAUGCUAUUACAGUACUCACCGCUUGCCGCAAUCCCAUCUGGAAGCUUCCCGGGAUAUUCAGGCCCACCAUUACUGCACUCACAUCUUGGUCCUCGAGCACUCGCUCCCGCUCCCCAACAAUUACCUGCAUACCCGAGUCCCUACGGACCGCAAAGCCCUGCCGGCCCGCGUCCAAGGAGCAGCGGCCGCAAUGGGCCACCACCUUUAGCGCCUGCACCGACGCAGCAUUAUAGCCCGUACGCACCGAUGAGCAUGGGCAGAGAGAUGCCAUUCAAGGUAAUGGUUCCGGGGCCACCACCUCAUGACGACAGGAGAGGUAGCCGUUAGGAGCAGCUACCGAAGAAGCUACAGGAGCGAGAAGUAAUUGUCAUCGAUGAUUAGCGUUUUAUUACUACGUUACUAGCAUAGAAACUAUGCGUGGGGCGUUCACACUGUCGUGCGAUGGUACACUGCAGGGGUUUGGUAAAUUUCCUUUGGAUGUAUGAUAGUAUCACCGAACAAGGUUCAGUCAUCUGAUCGAUCAAGUUCUGCUCGUUCGUCAGAAGUGCUAUGUUCUCGCUGCCUCCACCCUUCGCUCACAUAAAUCACC